AUGAAGAAACCAAUAAUUUCAUCAUUAGCGAAAAAAGAUGAAGAACAAUUGAAAAAGAGAAAACUUGAGCAAGUCCAAGAAGAGGAAGAAGACUCAUUCUCUCAUGAUGUAGAAAAUGAUGAUGAUGAGCAGGUAUUCCAAGAGGAGGAAAACAAUGAAACAGCCUUCUCCUCGGAAGAAGAACAAGAUGAAGAAGAAACUUCCACCCAUCGGAACAACAAGAAAAAGAAAGUCUCAUCCUCUUCGGAAGAGAAUCAACAAAAACAUUCCUUCGUGGUGGAUGAAUUGAAUGUAACCAAAAACAUUCAUAUUUCUCCCAUCAAGAGAUUGUGUUUGAAUCCUGGACAGACCAUGUUAGCUGUAGCUCGAUUUAAUAGCGAAAUUGAAAUUUGGUCUCUUGAUAACUCUGUUUUCAAUAGAGGUAAAAGAACCGAAAAAACUAGAGCAAUGACUCCGAGCGAGCAGUGCACUCUCAUCAAAAGAAUUCCUGGAAAGAUUGGUACAAGUGUUGAAGGUAUGAUUUGGACCAAGGAUAACAGAUUAUUUACGGCUGGUUUGCAUGGUAUGAUAACUGAAUGGGAUUUGGAGAAACAAAUUCCAAAGAGAAUAUCUACGGCCGUUCUUGGAGGUGCAAUAUGGUCCAUGGAUUAUUGUGAGGAAAAGAAUCUUAUUGCUAUUGCUUGUGAGGACGGAGCAGUUAGACUUAUUCAGGAAGAAGAUUUGAGUCUCAAGUUCUUUUUGGCUCCUGCACGAACGAAUGAACCUCCCAGUGGAAAAAAGUAUGCACAUUGUGAAAAUAGUCAUAGAAUGUUGACAACAAAGUUUAUUGAGCAUGGAAAUAAGGUUUUGGUUGGUGGCAUGACUGGAGUGUUCUGCUUUGAUUUAAACAAGAGAACUCUUCUCUAUAGGAUUAAUUUAAAGAACUCAUUUUGCUGGUGCAUGGAAAUUCUCAAUGAUAGAAUGUUGGUUGUUGGAGAUUCAGAAGGAAAUAUUCAUUUUUGUGACUAUAUUCUAGGAGCCAUAGUGAACUCGAUCAAGGGUCACACUGGAGACGUUUUGAAGAUUUGUAUUCAACAACCUGGAAUUAUUUAUUCGACAGGAGUUGAUGGAAGCAUUGCCAUGUAUAAGGAAGUUGGAAAGAAAUAUGUUUUCGUGAUUAGAAAGAGACCAUCCCUCCACGAUUUGUGUGACAUUAUUUAUUGUGACAAAGAAAAGACUCUUUACUUUGGAGGCCUAAACAGCGCCAUUUUGAGAAUGAAGACUGAAAUAUUUUACAGACAACAAGACUUGAAAGACAAAAUCUUUGACAGACUCAGGAUUAAACCAAACAGAGAUGUUUUGAAAGUGGCUCAUGAAAGAAGAAUUGCACUCUUUGACAACAUGGCAAACACACUUACUCUCUUACAUUUACCAGAACCAACAGUUGAACAUAGACGUGUGAGCUUAGAUGAGCCUGCCUCUAUUCUUAUGCAAUUAAAAGUGAAAAGUAAGGGAAAUUGGUACAGCUCCAGGUCAGAUAUUUCACCAAAUGGAAAAUAUAUUUGUGUGAGCUCUGUGGAUUCCACCUAUUUAAUCAAGCUAAAAUAUGAAGAUUCCUCUCAUGCUGUCACUUUAGAAAAGAAGCUCAAUUUAUCUGAGACAGAGUAUGGUAUUAUACCAGGUCAUUAUGCCGCUUUUGCUGGAAAUCAAUACUUGGUCGUUGUUGCAAGAGAUUGCUCAACCCUACAAAUUUUUGAUAUUGACAACGAAACUCUUGUUUCAUCGAUUCAACUUCCUUCGACCAAGAUUGAUACAAAUUUAGAAAGAUCUGACUCACCUUUUUCAAUAUUUUCCAAUUCAAUUAAUGGUCUAAUUGCCAACGAAAAGUAUAUAGUAGUUUCUAAAGGAAAUGUCUUGAUGACCUAUCGAGUGGAAGACCUAUCUUCUCAAAAGAACAAGAUACACUUUGAAGUAGAAUUGCCAACACAUAAUGGAUUCUUGUACAAGUUGGAUUUCCUUGACAGAUGCAACUCUAAAUGCUCCACUUUCUAUUCCCUCACUUCUCCCAACACUAUCACCAUGUUUGAAGCUGACAGACGUCGAACCAUGGUCUCUCCUCUUAAUUUUCCCUCAGAAAAAUUGAAUCAAUCCACCAUUACCUCAAUCCAUCAAAUAUCUCCAGACCACUUCUUUAUUACAUCACUUAAUCGAUGCUUCAUAAUGAACGCUAACACUUAUCAAAUCAAAGAUUAUGUGUUAUCGAGCAGAAAAGGUAAAUCUGAAGACAUGGUUGGGUUUGCCAGUGUGAAUUCUGAUGAAUUAUUAAUGGCUUGCUUUGAUUACAAAAUUCAUACGGAGGAACUGCUGCCACCUGUGAUUGACAGAAAGCGUUUCGGUACUUAA